AUGCAGGCAGGCCAUUCUUACUUCUCCCGCGAUGCUCCAGAAAUCGCUAUUCACAGCCUUUUCGACAAAUACGACCUGGAAAAAAAUGGCAAACUCGAUAAAGCGGAGCUGAAGCAAUUAUUAGAAGGUGAUUUGGGUUUAAGCCCUGAACAAUCUUGUAUCUACAUGUUGAUCUUAGACCACGCUGGCGAACACAACGUAACUUACGAAGAAUUCUUCAACUGGCUGCGAAGUGGCGAACGCUUUGAAAACAUCAACGACAAGUCGAAGUUCGGAAAAUUGUGCAAAGCAGUGGAAAUAUUUAAAACUUAUGACAAGGACGACACAGAUACACUGGACAGAAAACAGUUUGAAAGUCUCGUAAAAUCUCUUGGAUACCGAAAGGUGAAUUCAAAGAAACUCUUCAAGGAAUUAGACGUGGAUCACAAUGGGAAACUUUCCUUUUAUGAAUUUAUGAAAUGGCUUAAUUGGGUUCCAAUUGAAGACUUCUAG